AUGCUAUCACAACGCACCCCAAUAGCUCGAAUACGCUCUCUCCGCCCUCUCAGGCCCCCCUCAGCCUCCCGAAAAGUCCCCCAACCCCGCCUCUUCACUCAAAACACAACCCUCCUCCUCACAGCCCACCGCACCGCACCGCGCCCACAGCUCCCUUACCUCUCGCAGCCAGCAUUCCGCCGUCCACAACCCCUCAAUGGACCUUCCCAACAGAUUGCAAGGUUGCUUUCAACGGAGAAUAAGCGGUUCGUGAAGGAGCAGGUCUGGCUAGCGACGAAAUGGACUGCAAUAGGCUGGACUUUCCUUAUCUUGGGUGGCAUUACGUGGUACGGAUUGAGUAUCGAGAUGGAUGAGCGGAACAACCCUACGCCGAGCGAGUGGACAUUUCGUUCGAGGCAGUGUUUGAGAGCGGCGAGGGCGUACAGUGAUGCACGGGCAGGGUUUGUGGAUUGGGCGAAAGUCGGAUCUGAGCUACGGUGGGCAUUGGAGCGGUUAGAGGAUGCGACUAUCGAUGGGAAAGAGCUACGGGAACUGGGAGAGGGCGGAGAAGAAAUUUUGAUUCCUGGUGCUGGGAGGGCGGGAUUCGACAUCAGUGAUAAGAGCUGGCCUUGGAGGGCAGGAUAUUUUGAGGUUAUUAUGGGAUGUGCCACAGCUGCCGAGCAUUUAGAUGGGAUGGUGCUGGAUAAGACGAGGGGGGUCGUGUUUCCAAGGGAGGUUGUGCUGGGACCGAGUAAUCCUGACCCGAGGCCGACUCCGCCGUAUAUGAUGGCUGCGCCGAAGGAAGAGGAUUGUGUCCCGCCAUUUGCGCCGCCGGAGACGUUCUAUGUUAGGAUCUUGACCGGGACAGGUUUCACCACGGGCCAGAAGAUGAGUGCGGCGAGAGCGUAUGCAACUUGGUUGGAGUACAAGGGGUUAAGAGAGAGUGCCGAGGAGAUGUACAGAUGGGCGGUGGAUAUUGCGAAGGGUGCUCUACCACCAGCUGUGAAUCCUGAGGAUAUCGUGGACAGCAGGAGCGCUGUGCUGAAAGACGGCCCAGAAGCAAGGGAAAUUACCCCAAACCUCCUCCGCGCAACAACAGACCUGGCCAUCCACCACGCCCGCUCAGGCAACAUUUCAGCAGCACUACCGAUCUUCCUCUCCGUCCUUCGAGCCCGCCGUACAGCACCUGUUUCCCCUUUCCCACAGCCUACAGCUUCGGAUCCUUCUACACGACCCAGCAGCGACAUCGGCACGAUGAUCACCAACCUCUUCGUCCCACCAAAAUUUCCUGAUCCACCAUCAUCAGGCGACAAUGCCUUGAUCCGCGCUUCCGACAAAUCCACCUGCGAGGAAAGCGAGCUGAUGCUCUACAUUGGCGAAAUCCUCUUCGCUUCCUCUCCUGCAUCGGACGAAGGUCUAGGCUGGACGAAACAGGCUGUCCACAUUGCGGAUGCGAAUAUUUUACAUCCCGCCCCGGCUCUAGGGGCGGAUCCUGCCGAGGAGAAGAGGAAGUGUAAAGAGUGCUUACUUACGGGAGUUGGGAAUUGGGAUGUUAUGUUGAAGAGGAUUGAGGCAAACCCGGGGGCCGUGAAAGAGAAGGUGAAGGGGUGGUUUGGUUGGGGUGGCGGUGGGGAAGAGAGGAAGGCGACGGGUCAUGAGGAGGAUCGGAGGAGUUUGGGGGUGUUGCAGGAGAGGAUUGUGAGGGAGGGGAUCAGGGAGGCUGUGGAGAAGAGCAGGGGGAGUAAUCCGAGUGGGAAUCAAGAAAGUGCGCAUAUUCCAACCAACGAUGAAAUCCGAUAA